AGGGCCAACCCUCUUCGGGGUCCCUUUUGUUGAACCAUCAAACAUAAGCACCUUUGGAGAUCCCGAGGGGUUCAGAUGAGAAACAGCUAUCAUCUUACGCACGGAGCGAUCACUUCUCAGCGGCGCAGUCAUGUCCAGGUCGUUUUACGUCGAUUCUUUAAUAAUCAAGGAUACGGUGCGACCGGGACCAGCGGAGCACCCGGGACAAGACUUCCUUAUUCCCAUCAGCAUGCACUCCCCGACCGUGAUGACGGUCACCGCUCCGGUGUGCCCGUCCAGGAAAAAUGGGACCUUCUGCGUUUGCCCGCUGUGCGUCACGUCCCACAUCCACUCUUCCCGCAGCGGCAUUCCCAUGCUGAAGAGUCAGUUCCCAGGAGCGGAGGCACAAUACUGUCAGAGAAUAGCGCAUCAGCAGUCCCCGGCACUCGCGCACCCGGGACACACACCUGUCUGCACGCCCACCUUCAGCGUCACAGAUCCCAGGAGAUACCACUGCCUCUCUAUUGGCGCCUCUGAGAACAGCCACAUACAGAAUGGCAAGAGGAUGCGCACGGCUUUCACAAGCACGCAACUCCUGGAACUCGAAAGGGAGUUUUCCACGAACAUGUAUCUUUCAAGACUCAGAAGAAUCGAAAUCGCCACGUAUUUGAACCUGUCGGAGAAACAGGUGAAAAUCUGGUUUCAGAACCGCAGGGUGAAGCACAAGAAGGAGGGCAAAGCCACCCAAAGGAGCGCGCACAGCGGUUGCAAGUGCACAAGCGCUCACACAGACUAUUCGAGGUCAGAGGACGAGGAGUCUCUAUCUCCUGCCUCUGCCACGGAAGAGAAAGAGGUGUCACCCAUCUGAGAGCGACGCGACUCCCCGAUUCCCGCUGCUGGCACUUACAGUUGUGGCUUAUGGCAUCACGCGACGUCUGAGCCAAAAGAUCCGCCCGAAGUCUGAGAAGUGUCGAAAACGUCAGUCGUCCCUCACUCCGCGUUUACCCCGUUCUUAAAUUAAAGGAAACAUAUGAGACUCCGUGUUCCUGAAACUUUUGGAAACCUGACUGUAUGCUGUAACAGACUGAUGUAUUCGGAUCCCUUCAGGGGUCUAACCAUACCCGGGUCUAGUUAAUUAUCCCCAGUAAACGUUUUCAAUGAUUGCACGAUAUCCCACUACUGUCAGUGAGGUGGUGUGGUAAUGACAGCCCUUAGAAAUACUAUAGGCCUAAGCUUUGUGGAACCUGUAAGCAACCGUUUGUAAACUAUGUAUAUCUGUAUUUAUUG